CCAGCUGUCAAGCCCUCCCUCCUCUGCUUGCAUUUCUGGCCAUUUUUUUGUCUCCUCUUUGCAAGAAGCAGAAGCAGCAGCAGCAGCAGGAGGCAUGGGGAGGAGGGGGGUUUAGGAGGGGAAAAGGGGUCCCAGAGGGGGUCUGCAUUGCCACACGGGGGUCCCAGUGGAUGCCCCCGCCUGGCGAGCACCUUGGAGGGGUGCUGGCCCUUCGCUGCUGCUGCUGCCUCUUGGGGAAGGAAGGCCAAGAGGAGGAGGAAGGGGCCUGGGACCCCCAGACAAGGGCUCUGGGCAAAGGAAGGAGCAGCAGCAUCUGCAGACAUGAGCUGGGGCACAGAGCUCUGGGAUCAAUUUGACAACCUGGAGAAGCACACGCAGUGGGGCAUCGAUGUCUUGGAAAAAUACAUCAAGUUCGUCAAGGAAAGGACCGAGAUCGAAAUCAACUAUGCAAAGCAGCUUCGGAACCUUUCCAAGAAAUACCAGCCCAAAAAGAACUCCAAAGAAGAGGACGAAAACAAGUUCUCCUCCUGCCGGGCCUUCCUGUCCACGCUGAGCGAGAUGAACGACUACGCCGGGCAGCACGAGGUCGUCUCCGAGAACAUGACCUCCCAGAUCACGGCCGAACUCGCCCGGUACGUCCAGGAGCUCAAGCAGGAGAGGAAAGCGCAUUUUCACGACGGGCGGAAAGCCCAGCAGCACAUCGAGACCUGCUGGAAACAGCUGGAAGCGAGCAAACGGCGCUUUGAGCGGGAUUGCAAAGAGGCCGACCGGGCGCAGCAGUAUUUCGAAAAGAUGGACGCUGACCUCAACGUGACGAAGGCCGACGUCGAAAAGGCGCGGCAGCACUCGCAGCUGCGCCACCAGAUGGCGGAGGAGAGCAAGGCGGAGUACUCGGCGGCGCUGCAGCGCUUCAACCAGGAGCAGCGCGACCACUACCACACCCACAUCCCCAACAUCUUCCAGAAAAUCCAGGACAUGGAGGAGCGUCGGAUCGUGCGUCUGGGGGAGUCCAUGAAGACCUUUGCGGAGGUGGACCGGCAGGUCAUCCCCAUCAUCGGGAAAUGCCUGGACGGGAUCACCAAGGCCGCCGAGGCCAUCGACCAGGAGAAGGACUCCCAGUGCGCGGUGGAGGCCUUCAAGUCGGGGUUCGAGCCCCCCGGGGACGUGGAGUUUGAGGACUUUGCGCAGCCGCUGAAGCGAGCCUCCUCCGAGUGCAGCCUGGCCGCGCCGGGCAAGGAGGGCAAGGCGGCCACCACGGGCAAGGCCAAGGGCAAGCUCUGGCCCUUCAUCAAGAAGAACAAGCUGGUGUCCCUGCUGUCCAGCUCCCCGCGGCCGCCGGCCCCCCCUCCGCCCCCGCCCCCCCCAACGGCGGGCCCGGCGGCUUCCUCUUCCUCUUCCUCCCCGUCUUCCUCCUCGGCCGGACCCCCCAACGGGCCCCCCGCCUCCCCCCGGCCCCACAAGGAGCCCCUCUCCCACCGCUUCAACGACUUCAUGGCCUCCAAGCCCAAAAUCCACUGCUUCCGGAGCCUCAAGAGAGGGCAGUCCCAGUCCUUGUACUUUCACAAGGAGCUGAUGAAGAGGACGCUGGGCCGGCCCACGUACGCGCAUGAGGCCAGGGCCUACGUCGUAAGUCUGCGCACGCUCUCGCUCAAGCUGGGCGGCGGUCCGGAAGAUUUCAGCCACCUUCCUCCGGAGCAGAGAAGGAAGAAGCUCCAACAGAAGGUGGACGAGCUCAACAAGGAGAUCCAGAAGGAGGUGGACCAGCGAGAAGCCUUAACGAAGAUGAAGGACGUCUACAUCAAGAACCCGCAGAUGGGGGACGCGGGCAGCGUGGAGCACAAGCUGGCCGAACUCGGGCAGAACCUGGAGCGGCUGCGGCAGGAGGCCCAGAAGUUCGAGGGCUGGCUGGCGGAGGUGGAGGGCCGUCUGCCCGUGAAGACGGAGCCCGGGCGGCGCCAGAGCGGGGUCUGCGAGACCCCCAACACGCUCACCGUCAACCACUGCGCCCAGGACCGCGAGAGCAGUCCGGAUGGCAGUUACACGGAGGAGCCGAGCCAGGAGAGUGAGGCCAAGGUGCCGCCCCCCGCGCACGAGUUCGACGACGAGUUCGACGACGAGGAGCCCCUGCCCACCAUCGGGACCUGCAAAGCCCUCUACACCUUCGAAGGGCAGAACGAAGGGACGAUUUCGGUGACGGAAGGGGAGACGCUGUUUGUGAUCGAGGAGGACAAGGGCGACGGGUGGACGCGCAUCCGGCGCAGCGAGGACGAGGAAGGCUACGUGCCCACCUCCUACGUGGAGGUCUUCCUGGAGAAGAAUGCCAAAGAGUCGGCGUUAUGAGAUUCCUAAAAAUAAAAAAUCCGCUGAAGCAAGAGCCUCGGGGCGAGCCGGGCGCCGGAACGGGAACCACGGUCUGGUUCUUCCUAUUUUUCAGAACCAAGAAAUCGCCCCAAAAAAAAAAAAAUUGGCAGAAAGGGGACGAACAAAAAGACCCCAAAUCCCCUCCCCUCGUCCUCAGCCAUCCCUUGGUUGCUUGCUAAACAAACCCUUCUUCCGGCAUGCCGACUACUAACCCAUCAUCCACUCCAUUCCCCGUUUAUAUCCAAGCAUGGUCCCAGACAGAGCUCACCGGGAACAUUAACCGAAUUUUGCCCGAAUCCCAUUGCAUUGCCUUUCCGGGAGAAAAAAAGUCAAUUUUUUUCAAUUACGGAGGAGAAACCGAGGCAGAGAAAGAACAGGUCGCUUUCCAAAUUGUCCGAGUUUUGGGCACAAAAUCGAACCCCAGGCAGAAAAUACCGAGGCCAAACAGAUUCAGGAAAUUCGAUCCCAAAGAAAUUUCGGAAAACCAAUCAGAAAUAUUGUAAAUAUUGCAAAGCCAGGCAAUCAAUAUUGGAAACUUGUGUUAGAAAUAUUGCAAAUCCAGGUGAUCAAUAUUGGAAACUUGGGUGAGAAAUAUUGCAAAUAUUGCAAAACCAGGUGAACAAUAUUGGAAACUUAGGUGAGAAAUAUUGCAAAUAUUGAAACCAGGUUAAUAAUAUUGGAAACUUGGUAAGAAAUAUUGCAAAUCCAGGUGAUCAAUAUUGGAAACUUGGGUUAGAAAUAUUGCAAAUCCAGAUAAUCAAUAUUGGAAACUUGGUUAGAAAUAUUGCAAAACCAGGUGAUCAAUAUUGGAAACUUGGGUUAGAAAUAUUGCAAAUAUUGAAAACCAGGUUAAUAAUAUUAGAAACUUGGGUGGGAAAUAUUGCAAAUAUUGCAAAACCAGGUUAACAGACCUAGAAUUUUGUCACGGUCUGGAAACCGGGAAGGAUAAGAAGGUGCAUCCGCACUGCUGAAUUAAUCCAGUUUGAUCAGACCUGAAAAAGUCCACGAGGGUGGCCAAAUAUUUGAAUUUCCAGUCCGCCCCUGCUUCGCCUUGUUUGCUUAGCCAGAUUCCCGAUUUUCGAAUCCGACCGGCCGGAAUCGGUUCCCGUUUUGCUGCUUCCGGUGCCCGCAUGCUCGCCCUGCCGCCUUGCCUGCGCUUUCCUUCCGUGGGAUUUUUUUUUAACUAUUUGUUUACGGCACACUGCUGCGUUGUCAUUUUGUUCUCCGCCCAGCGCCCGCUCUUUCCUUUCCCCGCUGCAUGCAGCCGCUGCCUCGCGCUGAUUUACAAAAGCAAAAAACACUCCGGCAUUCGAUCCUUAUCCUUUGUUGUGGCGUCAAGACGCUGCGUUGUCAUUUUGUUCUCCGCCCGGCGCCCGCUCCUUCCUCUCCCCGCUGCAUGCAGCCGCUGCCUUGUGCUGAUUUACAAAAACAAAAAACGCUCCGGCGUUUGAUCCUUAUCCUUUGUUGUGGCGUCAAGACGCUGCAUUGUCAUUUUGUUCUCCGCCCACUCCUUCCCGCUGCAUGCAGCCGCUGCCUUGCGCUGAUUUACAAAAGCAAAAAACACUCCGGCGUUCGAUCUUUAUCCUUUGCGGCCUCACGCUCUUACAGUUUUGCCUCCUAAUGUUGCAAUUCCCGAUCCGAGGAAUUUCGGGGAUCUCUGGUCCACUUUUGGUGACGCAAAAGCCAGGUUUCCUGCAGGACAACAAUUGAGUUCUCGGCCAAAAAGUCUCGCAGUUGUGGAUAGAUAGCUUUUCCUGACACACCUCCUUAAGUACCCGAAAAUUACAAUUCUUGAUUUGGCUAUAAUUCAACAUUUUCUGAAGGGUUUCCGGACCGCUCUCGAUGACACGAAAGCCACGUCUGACUCACCAUAAAGAUACCGUUUCACCUCCUUAAGCUCCCGAAAAUUACAAUUCUCGAUUCGGCUACAAUUCACCGUUUUCAGAGGGAUUUCCAGACCGCUUUCGAUGACACGAAAGCCAUGUCCGAUUCACCAUAAAGAUACCGUUUCACCUCCUUAAGUUCCCGAAAAUUACAAUUCUCGAUUCAGCUACAAUUCACCCUUUUCGGAAGGAUCUCCGGACCGCUUUCCAUGACACGAAAGCCACGUCCGAUUUCCCGUAAAGUUACAAAUACUCUUAUCUUGUUUCCCAAAAGUUACAAUUCUCCAUUCAAGGGGGUUCCCGGUGGCUUCAAUUCACCAAAUUUGGGUCGGUCGGUCUCCGGUCCGCUUUUGAUAACACGAAAGCCACGUCCAAUUUGCCGUGAAGCUGCGAAUGCGCUUAUAUGCUUUUGCUUCCUUACGCUCCCAAAAGUUACAAUUGAGGGAAUCCCCAACUCUGUCGACAGGUUUGAUUGACACCUGUGGCCAAACGUCAUCGCCUGGUUGCUCCGUACAAUGACUUGAAUGCAACUGACCCCGAGUUGGGCCAAAGCUGAAGGACACGGCGCAUUAAAGGGGAUCCAGGUUCCGAAUUUUCUCUUUGAGUUUCCGGUGGGCAAACGGAUUCUCCUUUGUGCAAAAACACGACAGAAAUGUUCCCUGUAUAGAAGUGGGUUAGAAUUUGCAAAAUGCUCGAACAAGAAGCCUUGGUCGGACCCGAAUCCUACGUUGGGUUUGAUCCAACCUGGUUUCAAAUGUGAAUUCCCACGACCAGUGGGUUGCCUUUUGCAUUGUGGUUGCGGCGCUCGAUUUUCCGCAGCUUCCGGUUGGAGAAACCCAAAGGCGCUGUGGUGCUUUGGGUCCAAAAAAUGCAAGAAAACAGGGUGAAAAAAAUGCAAUUUCUUCCGUUAACCAAGUGCCACCGACGUCGGGUCCGAGAGAGGAAAAUCCCGCUCCUCGCUCUCCGUCUCCGUGUUGACAUAUCUUACGUGUUGUUCCGUGUAUAUAAUUCCAACUGGGUGGACAGUAUAUUAUUGUCACCUGAACAGGCAAGCGUCCCAUUGACUGCAGAGUUUGGCAUCGCAAAAUAUCACUUGUUAAAAGGCUGUGAAGAGACAAGUCCUGGGAGUUUUUGCAAACGGGGAGUCGAACGAGUCCGUUUUCAUAGAUUUGAGAAAACGCAUUGGUUCUGAGCCACCGAUAUUGGAAACUCGGUUAGAAAUAUCCUUGGAAAUAUUCAAAAUCUGGUUACUGGAAAUAAUAAUAUCACUAUGAUUUUCUUGUUCCUGGGUUGUCAAUAUCAUUUCCUUAGAAAUAUUCGAAAUCUGGUUAUUGGAAAUAAUAAUAAUAGCACUAUGAUUUUUUGUUCCUGGGUUGUCAAUGUCAUUUCCUAUCAUAAAAACAUAGGAAAAAUUCAGAGACACCGAUAUUGGAAACUCGGUUAGAAAUAUCCUCGGAAAUAUUCGAAAUCUGGUUACUGGAAAUAAUAAUAAUAAUAAUAAUAAUAAUAAUAAUAAUAAUAAUAAUAAUAAUAUGUAUCACUAUGAUUUUUUGUUCCUGGGUUGUCAAAUUCAUUUCCUAUCAUACAAACAUAGGAAAAAUUCCGAGUCACCAAUAUUGGAAACUCGGUUAGAAAUAUUCUUGGAAAUAUUCGAAAUCUGGUUACUGGAAAUAAUAAUAAUAAUAAUAAUAAUAAUAAUAAUAAUAAUAAUAAUAAUAAUAUUUAUCACUAUGAUUUUUUUGUUCCUGGGUUGUCAAUGUCAUUUCCAAUCAUAAAAACAUAGGAAAAAUUCCGAGCCACCGAUAAUGGAAACUCGGUUAGAAAUAUCCUUGGAAAUAUUCGAAAUCUGGUUACUGGAAUCAGUAUUUUGUCUGGUGUGAGUUGACAAAACCGCGGAUACGGGGGCCGUCGGGCACUCGGGAUUUUCUCCCUCCCGAACGAGGCAAAACGCUUGGGAUCUUCAGCCUUAAACUAAUGUUAUUUCCACGCGUGUCUUUUUCGGGGUGGAAAAGUGUUUUGCCGGUUUUGCCUAAUUAAUGAAAAACUUGACGAGGAAGAAGACGCGAAACGGGAAAUGACAUUUCAAACCAGGAACAGAAUUAAUUUUUUUCCAAUAAUAGAAAUAAGACAUAUAUGGCCAUGUUCCAGAAGCAUUCUCUCCUGAUGUUUCAUCGGCGUGAGAGUUAAAUUGAGACUCAUUCGCCUCUCUGUCGGCGAUCUAGCGCUCUGUUUAGUAGCACGAACAGAAGUCCACACUCCGCUGUCAGCCGAACCUCAACGUGUUUCACCCACAUCGAUGGCAGGCGUCCUUAGAAGACCUCACUACCCUUGAGGAUGCCUGCCAUAGAUGUGGGUGAAACGUCAGGAGAGAGUGCUUCUGGAACAUGUCCAUACGGGUCAGAAAACUCGCAGCAACCCAGUGAUUUUAAACCCAGUGAUAUUAUUUCAAACGCAGGAAGAAAACCCCAUAUUUUACCCAGAAAAGUUUGCAAAAACUCUGUAGGACUUUCUCCCAAAUCUCCUACUGAACUAAAUCUCCCUCCCCACAUCCUUUUUUUCUCGUACCAUUUGUAAAUAAGACAGAAAGAUAAAAAAGACGCAUAUUGACAGUGUUUUAAUGCCGAGUAUUUUUCAACAACGGCUCCGCCGCUUCCAUCCUUCCUCCUCCUCCUUUCAUGCUUGAAGUGUCAAAAAAAAUAAAGAUUUUAAGGAAGAAAGAAGAAAGAAAGAAAGAGAAAUAAAUUAAGCCAAAUUAUAUUUUAACAUAUAAUAAUGUGUCAAGCACUUUUUAAGAAAACAGUAUUUGUUUGCGUGUGUGUGUGUGUGUGUGUGUUUCGGCACUGGAUUCUUUUACUUGGUGACCCAUCGAGAUGGCGUUUUGUCUGGUUUUCAUAAAUCGAUCAACCGAAAUAUGUAAAGACGUCCUUGUUGUGGUUUUUUUUGGGAUCCGUUUGUUUUGUUGUUUUGUUUUUCUGGCAACAGAAAUUCUACCAAAUAAAAGUGCUUCCAUUUGAAA